AUGAGGAUCGCCGAGAUCUCCCCUACACCAGAGCAACGCCGAUCCUCCACCGUUACCGUCGAUACCGACUCCGAUCAAUCAGCCGUGCUCUCGAAGAUCGAGACCGCAAUCAAAUCGCUUGAGCGUCACCCUCCGGCGCAUCCUUUGCCAGAUUCAUACGCCUCCGAGAUUCAGCUGCCCCUUGCUCAGCUCACUCAACUCGUUCCCCUGCCCAAUUCCGCCAAGCUUUUCGUCUGGAAACUAAGCUACCGCCUCUGGAACGUCUGCGUCGACCUCUCCAAUGCCUCCAGCCAGAAGAUCUCCGAGGAGCUUGCCAAGCUCCGCCAACUCGCGGCGGAGAUGCUACUCGCCACCGCCGAUGUGGCGGGGAUUCCUUCUCCGGCGUUCAAAGCGGCGCUGUUCUUCUACAAAACCGGUUUGGUCUGGUUUGAUCUGAGGAAAUUUGAUUUCGCUAACAAUUGCUUCGAGAAAGCCACCGACCUCGUAUCCAAUAUUGAAAUUAACUCAGUUUCCGAUUACGACGAGCGGAAAUUGCUUUUAGAUCUUAACCUUGCCCGAUCUCGAGCUUCCUGGGAAGUUUCAGAUCGAAAUUUGGCUAUUGCGUUGUUAAACAGGUCUAAAAAUGUCCUGUUUGGAGUUUCGAGGAAUUAUAAUGCUCUAGCUCAUCAGUACUUAAGUUUUGGAAAGACAUUGCUAUCGACGAGUGAAGUUUCCACUGUAAAUGAGGCGUUGAAGUUGAUGAAUGAUGCGCUGGAGCUGUGUGAGAAGGGGCUGAGAGUGGUGAAACGGACUGAGGAUACGUUGAGUUUGAAGGAGCUGAGGUUGAAGACUUUGCGAUUCAUCUCCGCUGCUCAUCUGCAGAACGAUGAAUUCGAGAGUGUGUUGAAAUGCGUGAAGGUCUUGAGGGAGGUCGGGAGUGCCGGGGACAACCAUCCUAGCUUGAGUGUAUUGGCAAUGAAGGCGUGGUUAGGGCUGGGGAGGUUUUCAGAUGCGGAGAAGGAGUUGAAAGGCAUGGUACUGAACAAGGGGAUACCUGAGUGUGUGUGGGUGUCAGCUGUGGAAUCAUACUUCCUUGCUGCUGGUGCAGCAGGUGCCGAGACUGUCAAGGCAGUGUUUCUGGGCCUGUUGGGGCGUUGCCAUGUUAGUGCUGGUGCAGCUAUUAGGGUUAUCAAUAGGGUGGUUGGAAAUGGACUGAGCAACGGUGAAGGAAUGAAGGUGAGAGCCAAAGUUGUAGGUGAGUUGGUUUCGGAUGAGAGGAUGAUAGCUUUGUUUGACAGAGAAGGCGCUGCAAAAGAGAGGACAACCAUGCAUGCUCUUCUUUGGAACUGUGCCACUGAGCAUUUCCGAUCAAAAGAUUAUGUGCUUAGUGCUGAGAUGUUUGAGAAAUCCAUGUUAUAUGUACCUCAUGGGAUAGAGAACAGAAAUCUAAGAGCUAAGGGAUAUCGAGUUCUGUGCUUGUGCUACCUAGGCCUCUUGCAACUGGAUAGAGCUCAAGAAUAUAUAGAUGAGGCUGGGAAGUUAGAACCAAAUAUAACAAGUUCCUUCCUAAAGUUUAAGAUUUUGUUGCAAAAGAAGGACCACAGCAGCGCCAUUGCUCAGAUGCAAGCAAUGCCUAGCUGCCUUGACUUCACCACUGAAUUCAUUUCCCUCUCAGCACAUGAAGCUGUUGCGUGCCAUUCCAUUCCUGUCGCUGUUGCCUCCCUAUCCCAGCUCUUGAAUUUUUACAGCUCAGGAAAAGCAAUGCCAAUCAAUGAGGCUGUAGUAUUCCGCACAAUGAUCACAAUUUUAAGUCAGGAGCCAGGAAAUGAUACUGAUGUCCUCAAACACAUGAAACGUGCUCAUGUCCGGCAAUCUGAAGUUGGAGCUGACAUCUUCUUUGGCAAAUGUGAGGUUGGAAGACGAGAGAAGAACUGGCUAGCUGCAAAUGCUUGGAACUUUGGAGUAAGAACUGGGCAGGAGAAGAACUACGAGCUAUCGUCUGAGUUCUUCAAACUGGCAUCCGAGUUAUAUAAAAUCGUAGGUGAUGGUGAUACGGAGGGAAAUGAAGAAAUGGUUUGUAAAUCAAUAAUACUGGCAGUAUCCGCCAUUAUUGCGGAGGAAAAGCAUCAGAAGGGUACGUUGCAGGAACCUGAAAUCAGACAAGCAAUCGAGCUGCUAGGCAGGGCAGGAAAGAUUCUAACAUCAAGCUCGAGCAGCAUCAAGAAAAAUGAAGAUCAAAUCGCAGCAAUCGAGCCUCACUUCUUCUUCGUCUACACAUGGAGCGCCUCCGAUCUGUACUCAAGGCUAAGCGAUGCAGGCAGCCAACAGCUCCAGCUUGUGAAAAACUUUGCCAGCUCGAAAUGCUGCAACCCGAAACAUCUGGUCCAGAUUGGGCUUGAGGCGUCGCAGGGGCCACGGUCCAACCCUGAAGUGGCAGCCUUGGCUCUCAACUCGUCUCUGGCCGCCCUUCUCGCCUCCCCCUCACCGGAUUACCAAACUGUAGCUCUGGUCCUCAGAAACCUUAUAACCGUUGGCAGCAUCCAGAAGGGAGAGCCGGACGACGAGUCCAUAAUGGAGAGGUACAAGCAGGCGUACCGGAUCAUGGUUGGAUUGAAGGAGGGGAGCUACCCGAGUGAAGAGGCGAAAUGGCUGGCCAUGACGGCUUGGAACCGGGCUGCUCUCCCGGCAAAGGUAGGGCAGGUGGAGAUGGCGAAGAAGUGGAUGAGUAUGGGGUUGGAACUGGGUGUGAAGGUUCCCGGGAUGGAAAUGUAUAGGUCAUGUAUGGAGGAGUAUUUGGGAGGGUAUGAGAAGAAGCUUAAAGGGCAAGAGCAUGACCAAAGCAGGGCUCCAGCGCUUUCUUGAAUGAUGAUACUCUAAUUCUGUCUAGAUUAUGUUAGUAUAAUGAAAAUGUGAUGUUUCUAACUCUACAUUAGC